AUGAUUUCCUCUAUAUUGAGUUAUGAGACGUUGGUUCACGCCAUGGCCGGUGCUACGGGAAGUGUCAUUGGAAUGGCAGCGUUUUAUCCACUAGACACUUUACGAUCAAGAAUACAAGUUGAAGAUUCCUUAAAAUUUCAUGGAACAACUCUGCAGUUGCUAAUUAAGUUAGCGAAUGAAGAGGGUAUGGAGUCUUUAUACAAGGGUUUAUGUCCUGUUCUACAGUCUCUUUCUGUGUCAAAUUUUGUAUACUUCUAUACAUUCCAUGCAUUAAGAAAAGUUGCUACAUCAAAUUCUUCAGCAAUGCGUGAUCUAAUGUUUGGUAUGCUGGCUGGUAGUAUUAAUGUUCUUCUGACUUCACCUCUUUGGGUGGUAAACACUAGAAUGAAGCUUGAGAAAAAUACUUACUCAAAUCUUUUUGAAGGGCUUUGUGACAUAUUUAAAAAAGAAGGCAUGUCAGGAUUAUGGUCAGGGACUCUACCAUCUUUGUUAUUAGUGUCAAAUCCAGCUAUUCAAUUUAUGGUUUAUGAAUCAUUGAAAAGAAAAUUGGUUACUAAAGGAUAUUUUGAUUCAUUUACUGCAUUUCUCAUUGGGGCUUUAGCUAAGGCUAUUGCAACAACUUUAACAUACCCUUUACAGUUAGUUCAGUCCAGGUUAAGGGCCGGAACUAGCUUAAAACCUCUUUUCAGAGAUACAAAAACAAAACCUUUGACUCUAUUUCGUGGGUUAGAAGCUAAGUUACUGCAAACUGUUAUGACAGCUGCACUUAUGUUUUUAAUUUAUGAAAAAAUUGUCCGCCUAGUUUUAACAAUAAUGAGAAUCAGAUUAAGAAAACAU